GAACUAUAAACAAAUUCAUCCAACUUCAAUUAAUAAAAUAAAAUAACAAAAUACUUAUAAAUAUAAAGAACAGAUGUGAAGUUGACAUUAAAUUUGUGGGAGAGGAGGACCACAAUUCAAUCUAUGCAUAAUAUACUAUUAAGAAUAGGUUUAAACGACUUCCAUAUAAAGUACACUGAAUAGGUGUUUGUAUUCUAAUGAAAGAAGAAAAAAAAAUUAAUAAUAAAAAAUAAACUCAAAAUAAGAUAUCUAACAUAAACUUUUUGUAUCUAAAAAGUAAUUCUGCCUUAUUAAUGAAUGAAAAUUCCUAUAUUCCGUUGCAAAUGAUGAGCUGAAUUCCCUUGGUCCAUGGUUCCCAAUUCCUAUCAUGAUUUUCAUUUCCCCUACAUCCAAAAGCUACUCCAAAGUCCAAACGGAUUAUAUAUGAUGCUACUUUCUUGAAUCUUUACGGCAACAAAGAAGAGCACCACUACUCAUCCAAAUUACACAGUCUAGCCACGUGCAAUGAGUCUUUGCUUCACCACUCUACGCACGUGGCACCUUUCCAUAACCAAUGCUGUAAAUCAUUCACCUACUACUUUUUACCACACAACAACAAAAUUCAUUCUCCAUUCCCACCACAAAGUUACUACUACACUUCCAAUUCUAAUUUCCAUUCCACAAAACAAAACAAAUCUCACUCAACCUCAAAACCACUCCAACAAAAUCAUAACACCACCACACACACACAAGACCAUAACCAUAAAAUUAACACACACAAACACAACAAACCCAAAAUCCAAUUCAUUCACCAUAUCCUCAUGCCAAAUCAAAACAAUGUCUGAUCCUACCACCACCGCAUUACCCCAUCCAUCAAUCAUACCCAACCAACACCACAAUCUACCCCUCCUCCACGGUGUCACCACCACCGCACAACCACCACCACCACCUCCACCUCCCUCCUCCAGAGAAUACCGUAAAGGUAACUGGACCAUCCAAGAAACACUGAUCCUCAUCACAGCCAAAAAACUAGACGAUGAGCGUAGACUAAAAAACACCUCAACCCCAUCAUCAUCACAAGACCCAAACAGAACAACAACAAAUGUCACUUCCAUUGCAAGUGCCAGCAGCAGCAACAGAAAUAGUGGCGAACUAAGAUGGAAAUGGGUUGAAAACUAUUGUUGGAGCAAUGGUUGCUUAAGAAGCCAGAAUCAAUGUAAUGAUAAAUGGGAUAACUUGCUUCGUGAUUACAAAAAAGUUCGUGAUUAUGAGUCCAAAUCAGAAUCACCCAACAACAACAAAUUAGAUUUCCCUUCUUAUUGGACUCUCAACAAACAACAACGCAAAGAACAAAAUCUUCCUUCUAAUAUGGUGUUUGAAGUUUAUCAAGCUAUUAGUGAUGUUCUUCAAAGAAAACAAUCACAAAGAAUCAUCACUAAUCCACAACAACAACAAAACUUGGUAACAUUAGUCUCUUCAUCACAACAACCACCAUUACUUCAAGCACAACCUCUUCCACCACUUCCUCCUCCACUUCCCUUACAACAACCUCCACCACCGCCACAUGCUCCGGCAAGCUCAACCACUCCGGUUGUUUCAGAGAGAUCAGAAUCAUCAGAUUCAGAACAUAGUGAGGAUAACGAUGAUGAUGAUGGUUCGGAAUCAAAACGUAGGAAAGUUAAGAAUCUUGGUUCAAGCAUAAUGCGAAGUGCAUCAGUGUUGGCACGAGCUCUAAGAAGAUGUGAAGAAAAGAAGGAGAAACGGCACCGUGAAUUAAUUGAGCUCGAACAAAGACGAAUUCAAAUGGAGGAAGCUCGGAAUGAAGUUCACCGGCAAGGUAUCGCCACCCUUGUCGCCGCCGUCACCAACCUUUCCGGUGCCAUUCAGUCAUUCAUUAAUUCUGAACACCAUGGUCGUAGAUAAUUAAUAUGCUACCUUAUCGAUAUAAAUAUUUAUUGGACAUGCAUUCUUUCACCCACUUAAAAUUCAAUUGGAGUAUAAUAUUUUUUAGACA